GGCAAAAAUUACUCAGUAGAAGGAGAUCGGGUUUAUUGAGGGUUUUGGACUGAAAUCAGACGUUUGUGCCUUUGACCUUUGUGGAAUUCGGCACAAAGAGAUAUCGCUGAAGCAUUCACUGGUAAAAUGGCUGGGAUGUCGGGAUUUAAGAGCCUUGCACCUAAAACAAAGAAUGUUAUAGUUGCUGGGGGCUUGACAGCUUUUGUCUUUGGCGUGUACUUCUACACCAUGAGAGCUGUUGGAGGCACAGAUGAGCUACAAGUCGCUAUAGAUAAGUUUGAGGGAGACAGAGUCCAGAAACAAGCCGAAGGAAGCAUGCCGUAAAAAAGUUUGAUUUAUAUAUCAGUUUGUAAUAAUGUUGCUGAGAACAAGGUAACCAAGUUUGUGAAGGCAGUGUUCCAGCCCUUUGUUUACUUAUGUAAUAUGCAAUAUUUUCUUCAUGGUAAUACAUGUAUGUUCUGUUGUGACCUAAGCUGUAGUUUAUAAUUUUGUCCACCACUC